AUGUUACUGUCAUUGAUUAAGUCAUUUAGUUGAUUGUUGGAAUGCUAUAGUUGUUGAACUAUGACGGUAAAUCUUUAUACAAUCAGCUCUUAGGAACCAUGACCAGUAGAUUAGUUAUACAGUUAUAUAGCAUUGUUUAGUUUCAAUCAAUUGAAUUGAAACCAAGUAAUCUCUCUCUCUCUCUCUCUCUCUCUCUCUCUCUCUCUCUCUCUCAUCUUUACAAAUUUCAUAUACUCCCCAAUGGAACCACAAAGAGAGAAACCAUGUCCUUCCAAGUCCUCAAGCACCACCUCUACACCAGAGGCUCCUCCAUGUCCAGACACUUCAAUGGAGAACACACAAGAAGAAAGAAAAGUAGUAGUAGUAGUAGUAGAAGAAGAAGAAGAAGAAGAUGGACAACUAGAGAAGAUGAUUGAUCUCAAGCUCUCUUGUAAGGACUCCAAUGAUAUGUUCAAACCAGAACUCAAUCUUAUUGAUUGUUUGAACAUGGAUUCAACUCGAACUUCAUCAGCAAAUCCCCAAAAACCGGAGGCCGAGCCAAGGGUUUUCUCAUGCACCUAUUGCAGAAGAAAGUUCUUUAGUUCACAAGCACUUGGAGGACACCAAAAUGCACACAAAAGAGAGAGGACUUUAGCUAAAAGAGGACUUAAAAUAUGGUCACCUGUACCACCUCAUGGGCACUCUUAUUGGCACCAUGAUCAGCAUGACCAUUAUUCUAGCUUGGCUUCUCUUCCCCUUCAUGGUGCUUAUAAUUAUAAUUCUAGGGCUCUUGGAAUACAGGCUCAUUCGAUGAUCCAUAAGGCUUCUAACAUGCCAAGUUCUUCAGGAUUUAGGAGUUUGUAUGGACAUGGUGGAUGGUCAAGGCUUCCUAUUGAUCAACAACCAGCUGUUGGGAAGCUAGCCACACAGAAUCACCAUGCAAAUCCAUCAUCAUCAACUGGACUUUCCUCAUCUCGAGGUGGCGUUGGAAGAUAUCAAAGUCUAGGGUACAAUUUUAUUGGUCUAAUAUUUGACCUUGCAAGUGAUACUCAAAAACGGUUGAAGAAGGAAAUAGGAGCAAAAGUUCAAGUUUAUGGUACCAAAGCAGAUAUAGGAGAGAAAGGUGAAAUUACACCAUCAGAUGGAAAUGAAGCUCUUGUUGCUUAUGUAGAAUUAUGCGUUCAUAUAUCUACUGACACAUAUAAGAAGGUUGAUGUUGCAAUUUUCCUAAUUGAACUGCUUGUCACCCUAGUUUCGAGGAUUCACAUUCUGGGCACUUGCAUACCACCUAUUGGAAAAGAGUUAGACGAUGGUUCGUCUUCUUUCGGUGAUGGAGAGGACGGUAAUCUUUCCGAUCAUCGACGAAGACAUAAUCGUCAGGUGGAGGAUGAUUUGGCAGACUGUCCAGACGAAGACAUCGUUCCACCGCUGUCAGAAACCUAUCACUGUGAGUAG